AUGGCCGCCAUACUAAGCCAUAUCUUUUCAGAACACGUUCCGGGGUUGCCUACCGUCGCAGAUAUUUUCAAGCAGCCAAGUCUUGAGGAGAGGAAGAAAAGACUUCGUGCCAGAAUCACGGAGCUCUCUCUCGUGGACUUUGAUCCUGGCGUUUUCGACAAUGAACUCUUGAGGCAGGGCAUCGUCACUAGGCUUGAUCAGCAGAACCUUGAAAAGAAAGCAAGGAGGGGCAAGGGCAAUAUCUCAUCGGGUACUUACGAUGGGACCCAAGCCGCCGUCACCCACGCCUAUAAGAAGAUCGAGCGCAGUUUCGAGUCCUACUUCGAUGUUCUCCAAAUUGAGCCCACAAUCCCCCGCUUCAUCGACUUGGAAUUUAAGAAGACAAUCUACCAAUACUCAUCCUUUCCCUACGAUGAAAAGGGCAACCUUGCGUACCCGCCUCACCUCCAAUGUGUCCCCCUAGCAAACGACGUGCCCAAGCUCUGCAUCUUCAAUGCCAUGGGUCUCAUUGAGACGGGCGUUAUGGUUCAGCAGGUUGUCCCCGACAACUUCAUCAACAAGAGCGAAGAUUUUCUUUUCGGCAAGCUCGACGCCCUUAUCGGCGGUUGCCCGCAAGCUGGUCCUACUAUCGCCGAUUGUGAGAGGUACAAUCGGUUCCAUCGCAAGACCGGCACCGACAUCGAGCGCGGUACCAACAUCGGCCUACUCCCAGACUGGUACAGCGACCGCCGGUUCGCAGACCAGGCUUUCACCGGCACCAACCCCACCACCAUCGAGAAGGUGCCCGCGGACUUGCUUGCGGAGUUCAUCGACGCCGCCGAGAGGAACGGGUACACCUAUUGGGCCAAGACGCUGUCGGAUCUCAACCCGGCGUCUCUGUUCGUUCAGGACUGCCGCUACUUCCGCAAAGCCUGUGGCGUAGAGCCCGGAGAGACGAUGCACUGGAAAGAGCCUAUUUCGCAAGACAACUGGGCUUGCGCCGCCGUGACUCUCUUCCAGCUCUUCGGUGACGGCAAGCUCCACCCCGUCGCCAUCGUCUGCGACUACAAACAGAACAUGGCCAGCUCCGUCACCAUCUUCAACCGCCGCCACCGUCCCUCUGACCCUUCCAUCUUCGAGAAAGAAGACUGGCCGUGGCGGUACGCCAAGACCUGCGCACAGGUGACGGACUGGAUCCGUCACGAGGUCGGCGUCCAUCUCACCCGCGCGCACUUCAUCGAGGAGUCCGUCAUCGUCGCGACUCACCGCACGAUCCCCAUGGAGCACAUCGUCUACAAGUUGCUCCAGCCACACUGGUACAAGACGCUCUCCCUCAACGCGGCGGCGCGCCAGACGCUCGUACCGCAGGUCAUCAAAGAUCUCAUCGGCUUGAGCCCGGAUCAGACGUUCAAGUUCAUGGCGUACGAGUUUGAGAGCUUCGACUACGUGCAGAACUACGUCCCCAACGACCUCGCACGCCGAGGGUUCCCCAACACCAAGGAGGGUCUCGAGGAUAGGAAGUACAAGAACUACGCCUACGCCAAAAACAUCUUGUCCAUGUGGCACGUCAUCCGCGACUACGUCAUGGGCAUGCUCCUCACAGUCUACGAGGAGGGACGAGCGGACGAGAUGGUGCGCGAGGACGUUUUCAUCCAAGAUUGGUGCAAGGAAGCUCGUAACGAGGGCCGCAUUACAGGUUUCCCUACAAUCCAGACGCUGGAUGAGUUGUGUGAUGCAGUUACCAUGUGCAUCCACAUUGCGUCGCCGUUCCACACCACGGUCAACUACCUGCAGAACUUCUACCAGGCGUUCGUGAUCGCCAAGCCUCCAAUGCUGUGCCAGAACCUACCCCAGACUCUGGAGGAGUUGCUGGGUUACACCGAGGCAGACAUGACCAGGGCGCUGCCUAUCGGACGACAGAGGGAGUGGCUGCUCGCGGCGCAGGUGCCCUGGCUUCUCAGCUUCAAGGUUGCCAGCGACAGCAGCUUGAUCCACUUUGCGCACUCGCAGUGGAGGACGCACUGCCGCCUGGACAGAGAGAGCAGGAAGAUCCAGAAGAUUAGCGAGGCGUUUUACUAUGGCCUUCGUGAUUUGGAGGUUGAAUUCCUGGUUACGAGUAGGAGCAUGGAUAAGGGGAGCAUUCCUUAUACCGUUAUGGACCCGGUCAAUACUGCAGUGUCGAUUCUUAUCUAG